AUGUCUGCCACGAUCAAGCCUAUCGAUGGCCGGAGUGUAGGUUGCCCGCGCGCCCCCAUGCGAACUCCAUCCCAUGCCAUUGUUUCCUGUUGGUGUCGGAAAGUCAUCGUGCCUCCCGUACUGACAGGAACCGACCACCUCGCAGAUCCAUCAGAUCCAGUCCGGUCAAGUCAUCGUCGACCUCUGCUCCGUUGUCAAGGAGCUGGUCGAGAACAGCUUAGACUCGGGCAUGUGCGAUUCAAGAAUCAGGGCCUCGACUUGAUCGAGGUCCAAGACAACGGUUCUGGCAUCGCCCCUGCAAACUAUGCUUCCAUUGCCCUCAAGCAUCAUACGUCCAAGCUCUCGUCCUAUUCCGACAUUGCCUCACUCGAGACGUUUGGCUUUCGCGGCGAGGCACUGGCUUCUCUCUGUGCCCUUUCCAACCUCGCCAUCACCACAUGCCUCCAGGCAGAAGUACCCAAGGGCGCUCGACUCACUUUUGAGCCCUCGGGUAAGCUGCGGGACACAGCAGUCGUCGCCACCCAGCGGGGCACGAUUGUUGCCGUGGAUCGCCUUUUCCACAACCUCCCUGUACGCCGGCGCGAGCUCGAGCGCAACGUCAAGAGGGAAUGGCACAAGGUCAUUGCACUGCUCAACCAGUACGCCUGCAUUAAGACAGGCGUCAAGUUCUCCGUUUCACAGCAGCCCACGAAAGGCAAGCGCAUUGUCCUCUUCUCGACCAAGGGUAAUCCUACCACUCGUGAUAAUAUCAUCAACAUCUUCGGCGCCAAAACCUUGUCUGCACUCGUCCCCCUCGAUCUAGACCUGGAGCUGGAGCCGUCCACCGCAAGUGCCGGAGUGCAACCAGAGUCCGCCUCCAACAAGGUGCGCGUCGUUGGCCAUGUGUCGCGACCAUCGCCUGGCGAGGGCCGUCAAACACCAGAUAGACAGAUGUUUUUUGUCAACGGCAGGCCGUGCAGUCUUCCUCAAGUUGCAAAGGCAUUCAACGAGGUCUAUCGGUCCUACAACUACUCCCAGUCGCCUUUCAUCCUUGCCGAUAUGCAGCUCGACACCCACAUGUACGACGUCAACGUCAGUCCGGACAAGCGCACCAUCCUCCUUCACGAUCAGGGCCGGUUGCUAGAUCGUCUUCGCUCUUCACUCACGGCGUUGUUCGAUGCGAACGACCACGUCGUUCCUGUCUCACAGGUGGCCGACCAUCGAUUGCACACAACUGUCGAGGCCAGUUCGAAUAAGUCCCGACUAUCGGCACUCGUUGGGCGUGAGACCGCGACGGAGGAUAAGGUAGUCAACGAUUCCCCGUCGUCAGGGGAUGAAGAAGACCAUAGCAGCGAGACUGGUCAAGAAUCCGAGGACAGCCCAACCGUGGCCUCUAUCCAGCCGAGGAUUGCCGAAGACAAGCCCAGCAGGCGGCAAAGGAUCGUACAUGACCAGAAUCUGAUCAGCCAGUGGCUCAGCCCGGACAGCCAAAAGCCAGCCCAAGGACCUUCGACCGUUCCACGUGGCGAAUUUGCUGCGGGAGGCAAUGACCCUGCGACAUCGCACAGACGCAAGCCGCUGCGUGCUCAGCCAACAGUAUCUCUUGUCAGGCAUGACCCUGAGUCCCGGACAGGAAUAUCCGUCAGUCCACUGGGAUCACCUCGAGACUCUGUUGAGGGCCUAGCCGAAAACACCACAACCGCAGGCCAUGAUCGGCCAUCAAGCUCGGACCACAGGCAGGAUGCGAUCUCUCCCGACCGCGUCGCCAAAAAGCAACAUGCGACAAUUGAGAAGUUACAAUACCUGAACACUGAACAUGGCGAGAGUGAACGUCCGCAUUCGCCACUCCCAAAGCCACAGAGUAGGCCACAUUGGCCGUUUGGCGGCGAUAACUGCGCAAACGAGGAGCAACACAGUCCAUCAGGUGAUGAUGAUAUUGCCGAGAGUGACACAUAUGAAGGGCACGUCGAGUUGUCGUCUGCGUCGAACUCAGGCACACCUAGGGUUGGCACGGAUCCCAGCUUCAACAGGAUCGAAUCUAGACUUACUGAAAGAAUGACCCCGUCAGAGGCCUUCUCGUCCCCCAUGAUGGCCGUUGCCGGCAGCCACCCGCACGUCCGUAAGGAGGCAUCACUUAUUGCAUCGCUGGCGGCGGAGGCGAGCGAAGAGUUCAUGCUAUCAAGCGAGGGCGAUGACCCUACUCAUCGCAGAUCACCCGGGGGUCCGGAGCCUACCACAACAGACCAGAUUCCGCACCACCCGGUGCGACCGUUGGCUUUUGGCAUAAAACGCACCGAUCCGACUGUGUCAAUCACACGAUGGCUCCGAACCGAUGAGGAGGCGAUAUGGUACGGCUUGAACCGUCUGAUGUCAACUAUCACGUCAGGGAAGGACGUGCUACCUGGGGCAAGAGACGUCGAGGAUAUUGCCUCUUCUGACGCGGAAUCGAAACUGUCUUUGAUUAUCUCGAGAGGCGAUUUCUCGCGAAUGCGUGUCGUGGGACAGUUCAAUAUGGGCUUUAUUAUUGCUGUUCGCCCAGCUCCUGGCAGAGGCAACAUGGCGGCAACCGCGGAGCAUGACGAGCUCUUCAUCAUUGACCAGCAUGCCUCGGAUGAAAAGUACAACUUUGAACGUCUCCAAGCCAAUACGACAGUGCAGUCGCAGCGGCUGGUACACGCCAGAGCACUUCAACUGACGGCCCUAGAAGAAGAGAUCGUGAUGGAGAACGUCUCCGCAGUCGAGGCCAACGGCUUCAAGGUUGAGAUGGAUGUCAGCGGAGACUCGCCUGUGGGCUCCCGAUGCCGGGUGGUAGCCCUGCCGCUGAGUCGCGAAACGACGUUUACCAUGGAUGACCUCCAGGAGCUGAUCGCGCUCCUUGGGGAGGAAUCGGCAGAGUCAAGCCAUGUCCCACGCCCGUCCAAGGUGAGGAGGAUGUUUGCCAUGCGGGCGUGUCGCAGUAGCAUCAUGAUCGGGAAGGCUCUGACGGGUCACCAAAUGAGUAACGUACUCAAGCACAUGGGAGAACUGGACAAGCCGUGGAACUGCCCACAUGGACGCCCGACCAUGAGGCAUCUCUGCCACCUCGACGCGUGGGACAGGGGACGCUGGAAACACGAUGUGGCAGCAGUUCCCGCCUCUGUCUGGCGCUCGUACGCACGGAGCGAGGGGCUCCCGAGCGGCAACACCCCAGCUUCAUCUCAAUCUGUGUCCGCAUAG